CUCCACCUACAUCCACACCUCCACCUACAUCCACUGCUCCUCCUGCUUCUAUCUCUAUCACUGUUUCUCCAUCACUCUCUCCUGCUGUUCUCUCUGUGAUGUCAGUUUUUGGAUCACUGCUUCUUAUGGUUCUACUGGUGUUACUAAUUCUACUGAUGAGGCGAUUUAUUCACAGAAAACCUGAAGAGACUGAUCUAGCUGCAGUCUACUCAGCAGUGAGAACUGAAGACGUCAGUUAUGGGCAAAUCACCAUCAAAGAGAAGCAAAGAAAGUCAAAGAAAAGAGAGUGUGAUCCAGCUGGAAUCUACUCAUCAGUGCGAACUGGAGACGUCAGUUAUGGACAAAUCACCAUCAGAGACAAGGAAAACAGAUCAAAGACCAGAGCCAGUGGAGAGAAAUCUGGAGGUGAUGACAUCACAUACAGUGACCUCAAAAUAUUACAUCAUCACCAGCAGCAGCCAACCAACCGGAGCAGAGAGCUUCCAUCAAAUCCAGAUGUUGUCUACUCCUCACUGAAGAAAUCUGCAAGUCCAACCUGACAACCAGCUGCUGGUCCACACAGGCCGUCAGACCAGAGGGCUUUCGUUAUAAAGCAGAUGUGUAUGUAUUCUGUUUGAUCUCUUCAUUAAAUGCACUCACAGAACUGCAGACGGACAAAGAAAAACUGAAUGUGGUGAUGAGACGUUUUUGUAAAGAAGCUCAA